AUGGGUAGAAUACAUCCUGAUAAUAUUGGAAAGCCAGUAAGAAAAGGUGAUAACCAUGAAACAGUGUGGACAGUGUGGAAGAAGUCAAGCAUGGCUUUUCAUGGAACAGAUGGCUUCUCUGUCUAUGAUUCCAGUGGCAAGCUAGCCUUCAGGGUGGACAACUACUCAAGAAGACACAAAUUCCUUUCUGGUGAUCUCUUACUAAUGGAUGGCUCUGGAUCUCCUCUUCUAUCACUCCAUCCACAGAUAUUUAGCCUGCAUGAUAAAUGGAAUGGAUAUAAAUUAGAAGAUGGAUUGAGAACUGAAGUCUUCUCAAUGGGGAAGAGAUCUAUCAUGCAAAGCAGUGAUGAAGCACAAGUGUUCAUGUUGAACUCUACAGUCUCCACCGGUCAUGGUCAUGUUGCAGCAAAGCCUGAUUACAAGAUAGAAGGCUGUUUUUGGAGGAGACACUGCAGCAUUCUCACUGGAACUGGUGAUGUCAUUGCGGAGAUCUCAAGGAAAAAGGCAAAAAACACAUCGGUGUUUCUUGGUGAUGAUGUGUUCACCAUUGUCAUUAAACCAGGAGUUGAUUUUGAGCUGAUCAUGGCUUUCAUUGUAGUCAUGGAUCGCAUCUCUUGUAAACCAUUUAGUACUCGUAUCUUGUGUUCUAGUUCAAGCCAUGCGGUUCUUUGA